ACGUAACUGGCCACUGUCGCCAACGGAAACAUGCGAAAACAGCUGUUUAUGGAAUGGCAACAAAAAUAUCAGAAAUGACGAAAAUGUCAUUAUAAAAGUGAAAUAUUCGUUUGAAAUCAAGCAAAUAAUGGACAAUAUAAUGUGUAACAUAAGUAACAGUUUCGACAGUGAAGGUGCCGAUGGAUCCGACCAUGAUAAAGAAAUAACCAAUGUGAUAUUCAGUACUAAAGAUGAAGUACCCUCAGAGGAGGCCCAAGAAAAUGCAGAACUAUGGAUAAACGAUGAGGACAGUGCGGAUUUCGAUGACGAUCUUGAGAACAUUAACAUAGCAAAUUUUUUCCAUAGAGUAGACAGUGAUCAAAUCAUUUACCAAAAGAAAAAACGAAAACUGAAACUCGUGGGGAGGUACGUGAUGGGAGACCUUCUUGGGGAAGGUUCUUACGGGAAGGUGAAAGAAAUGUUGGACUCUGAAACGUUGUGCCGAAGAGCUGUGAAAAUAUUGAAACAAAGAAAGCUGCGUAGGAUACCGAACGGCGAGCAAAAUGUGCAAAGGGAAAUCAAACUACUUCGUAAGCUCAAGCACAAGAACGUGGUGAAUUUAGUGGACGAGCUUUACAACCACGAAAAGCAAAAGAUGUAUCUCAUAAUGGAGUUUUGCGUAGGCUCUCUGCAAGGUAUGUUAGAAUCGAGUCCGGACAAAAAAUUCCCUCACUGUCAGGCACAUGGGUACUUUUUGCAGCUCAUCGACGGCUUGGAGUACCUGCACAGUAUGAGAGUCGUUCACAAGGACAUUAAACCUGGAAAUCUACUUCUGACCCUCGAAGGUGACUUGAAAAUAUCCGAUUUGGGAGUAGCAGAGACCUUUGACCUUUUUGCCAAAGACGACACCUGUUUCAUCGGCCAAGGAUCACCUGCCUUCCAACCUCCAGAAAUAGCAAACGGUUUGGAAUUUUUCCCAGGCUUCAAAGUGGAUAUCUGGAGCAGCGGAGUGACGCUGUAUAACAUAACAACUGGUCUCUAUCCCUUCGAAGGUGACAAUAUUUAUAGGCUUUUCGAGAGCAUAGGAAAGGGGGAGUUUACGAUACCCGAUGAAAUUGGAGAACCGUUGAGGAGUCUGCUCUUCGGGAUGCUGGAAAAGGAUCCGGAAAAGAGGUUUUCACUUCAGCAAGUAAGACAGCACCCGUAAGUGAAAGUUGCAGUAAUGAAAUUU